CACGCCCGAGUUUGUGUCAAAUCAUGUACUCAUCGGAAAAUCGACGUUUCGCUCCUCACUCUUGUCAACAAAGUUCCCCGACAUCAAUCUUUCAUCUCUUCUCCCCGCUCGUUGUUUCUCCCGACGCGUUAUCCACAAUCCGAUGAGGACGCAGCUCACGGGUCACCUGAGAAGUUUUCUCUCUCGCCUAGCCCCUCGCAUCAUCAUUGACUACAUGAUCCCCCUCUGUCUUCAUCCCACUUCCUCGCCCCGAUUGACCAUCUCCCAUGUCCAACAGCCGACGACAGUAUCAGGCGAUGUCCUCCUCCCACUUCUCAUAUUUGCCAUUGUUAAAUCAGACCUCGCACGCCUGGUCUCGCGCACCCAGCGUUACCAUAAUGCUGUGUUCGCUGGUGAAGAGGAGUGGUACUGUUUGAUCAAUUUGAUGGGCUGUCAUGCGAGUUUUUGGAGAAUGUGGAUUUUGGUGCUGUGGGUGUCGAGGAAGGCGUUGGUAUUCACCAGGGACCUCGCCCAAAUCGCGACGGUUCGCACUACAUUUCCACCAGACAUACCUGUAGACGUACCCGGUAGCCUCCGCGGACGUGAAGAACAAGGUUUCGACGCCAUCGCAGGGUCCACUAUCAAAGUCAUCUCCGGUGUCGUCGACAGCUCAUUUAACGCCACAUACUCUGCUCGUUCUUAUCAUCUGCCCCACCUUAGCAUCUGCUCCGACUUCAGCUUUGCCUCGAGAUUCACAUCUACAGCCACCGGAGACCAGUCACGGGUGGUGAAACAUGGGGCUGUUGAAGUAAGAGAGUGGGUUCUCGAUUGCGGAUUUGGUGCCGGGGAUGAAGGGGAAGGGGGUGGAUGGGGUGGAGCUGAAGAAGAAGAACAUGUCCAUAAAGCAAGAAUUCUUCGAAGCUUCGAGAGCAUGAUGGGCGGGAAUAGUGGGAAAGCACGAAAAAAUAAGCUUGCUUCGCUGAGCUUGACAGGAUCGACUGGUACAGGUGCCACAGUGGCUUCAAUUGAGGCUGUUAGGAACGGAUGCACACGGUCAUCUUCAUGCAUUAAAGUCGUUGGUGCUCUAUCUAUAAUUUAUAAUUUACAAUUGCAUCAUGCCGCAGAUGGCAUCGCCCUCCAUCUCACGUUCCUCACUGCUCCUCCCCUUGCACCACAGCUGAGUACUGAAGGCCGGCUGCCGCACCUUCAUUUCGAGUUCGAUGCUGCCAUCAAAUGUUGAAACUCGGAGCUUUCGAGAUGUGGGAAUCUCAGCCCAGCCUAUCAGCUCUAUAACUUGGCGAAAGACAUGAUGCAAGAUCUGAAGCUGAGUGAAUUCGUAUCGCUGACACUAAGGCAGACAGGAUCAGCAACGGUAUA